CCCUCCCCCGGCGCCCGCCCGCCCCUCGCUGUUUGUGUCAGCCUGCUCGGCGCGGCGGAGCUGCCCGCGGCGCCCGCCCGGCCCGGCGCGGCGCGGCCGAGGGGCACGGAGCGACCCGCCGCUGAGGCCGAGAGCCGCGCGCCUCCCCCCGCCCCGCUGCGCUGCGCUCCCGCCAUGGGCGGCCCGUAGGGGCGCGGGCUCGGCGGCUGGUGCGGUGCCUGCGCGGCGGCGGCCAUGGCGGUGGCGGUGGAGACGCGGCCGGAGCUGGUGGGGAAGCGGUUCCUGUGCGUCGGCGGCGGCGGCGAGGAGCCGCCGGAGAGCGGGCGCUGGCGGGCCGGGGUCAUCCGCGCCGUGUCCCAGCGGGACUCGCACAGCCCCGACCUGGCGGUAUACGUGGAAUUUGAUGACCUCGAAUGGGAAAAACGAGAGUGGGUUAAAGUUUAUGAAGAUUUUGCAACCUUCUUGGUGGAGUACCAGCUGGUCUGGGCAAAAAGAAAGGACCCAAGCCAGACUCAGGGAUCAAAGAUCAAACAAAUUCAAUGGCCUGCAUUGACAUUCAAGCCCUUGGUUGGAAAAAGUGUGUACAAUUCAAUUACUGCAGUAGAAUUCCUUGUGGACAAGCAGCUGGAUUUUAUAACUGAAGAUAGUGCCUUUCAGCCCUAUCAGGACGACGUAGACAGUCUAAACCCAGUUCUCAGGGAUAACCCGCAGUUACAUGAGGAGGUAAAAGCCUGGGUAAAGGAACAAAAGGUUCAGGAGAUUUUUAUGCAAGGUCCAUACUCCUUAAAUGGUUAUAGGGUGAGAGUAUACAGACAGGAUUCUGCCACCCAGUGGUUUACUGGUAUAAUUACUCAUCAUGAUCUCUUCACUCGCACUAUGGUUGUUAUGAAUGACCAGGUGUUAGAACCUCAAAAUGUUGAUCCUUCUAUGGUUCAGAUGACCUUUCUAGAUGAUGUUGUUCACUCUUUGUUGAAAGGUGAAAAUAUUGGCAUUACUUCACGCCGAAGGUCUCGUUCCAACCAGAACAGCAACACAGUUCACGGUCAUUAUACACGUGCGCAAGCAAAUAGUCCCAGACCAGCAAUGAAUUCCCAAACUGCAGCACCAAAACAGAAUUCUCACCAGCACCAGCAGCAGCGCAAUACUCGGCCAAACAAAAGGAAAGGCUCUGACAGCAGCAUGCCUGACGAAGAGAAGAUGAAAGAAGAGAGAUACGAUUAUAUUGGUCGAGGAGAAAAUCCCAAAAACAAAAAUAAACACUUCCUUAGUAAAAGAAGAAAACCUGAAGAGGACGAAAAGAAGUUAAAUAUGAAGAGACUGCGGACAGACAAUAUCUCAGAUUACUCUGAGAGCAGUGACUCAGAAAUUUCAAAUAAAAGAUUAACAGAUUCGUCCUCAGAGCAAAAUUCAGAAAAUGAGUUAAAAAGCAAGAAUGCUUCAAAGAUAAAUGGAGAAGAAGGAAAAUCCCAAACUAUUGAGGGAUUAGAAGAACAGACACUAACAGAUAGGCAGUCUCCAUGGGAUGAAAUACAGGAGGAUAAAAAACGUGAAGAGACAGAAAGACUGAAGUCAUCUGUCUUAGAUCAGCAGGAAAAGUCUUCACUCCAUGCAGCAGAGCAGCCAACACCUUAUGAGCAGAACGCCAAGGAUCCACACGUUCAAGAGUGCAGUGCAGAAAAACAUCGUGCUGUGGAAUUAAAAAAUGAGCAGUUCGUACCCAGACCUCCAACUCCAAAAUGUGUUGUUGAUAUAACUAAUGAAAACAACGCUGAGAAGGAGAGCCAGGAUAAUGCUGCAAGUACCUUUGGUUUGCAGACGGUUCAGAAAAUAGAAUCUCACAGCAGUGAUUUAAAACAGCAGUUUGCAAAUGCAAAUUUCCUUGAAACAAGAAAACAGGAAACUGAUCAAAGUUGGGUGAGCAAUAUUGUUAACAAGACGGAUUUGAUACAACCUGGGGUUGUGAAAACCUUAUCAAUAACUGAACAUUUAAAUCCUGAAAAAGAGAAAGUGCCGUACGGCUCAUUUAUAUCUUCGUUAAAUGUAGCUUCUCUAGCAGAAGAAAGUAAACUACAUAAACAAAGUCCAGUCCCUGAUUCUGUGAAGUCAAAACCUAGUGCUUCAGUUGAUCAUCCUAAAACAAAGUCACCUGAUGUUAAGCCUAAAUUCACCCAAUCUUCCGAUACUGUGAAGUCUAAGGUUAGUUCCCAAAACAGCCAUGCUACUGGAUUAACAAAGUCAGCCAAUAAAAGUGAGCAUGAUUUGCCAAGGUCUAGUUUCCAUCCAGUUCCAGCUAGAGUUAGUGCUCUAGAAGCUACUAAAAGUCCUCUUAUCAUUGACAAGAACGAACAUUUCACAGUGUACAGGGACCCCACUCUGAUUGGACAAGAAACAGGAGCUAAUCACAUUUCACCUUAUUUGCAUCAGCAUAAUUAUCCGCUGCAUUCCUCAUCCCACCGAACCUGUUUAAAUCCAAAUGCUCAUCAUCCUGCAUUAACUGGUUCAUCCCAUCUGCUAUCUGGGUCUUCCACUCAGACUCCAUUGUCCGCUAUUAACACUCAUCCUCUUAGUACCGCAUCUCACCAUUCUGUUCAUCACCCUCAUCUACUUCCUGCAGUGUUGCCCGGAGUGCCUACCGCCUCCUUGCUGGGUGGCCAUCCACGACUAGAGACUGCUCAUGCUAGCAGCUUAAGCCAUUUGGCAUUAGCACACCAGCAGCAGCAACAGAUGUUACAACACCAGUCUCCACAUCUUCUGGGACAAGCUCAUCCUUCUGCUUCCUAUAAUCAGCUAGGGCUUUAUCCAAUUAUUUGGCAGUACCCAAACGGAACACAUGCUUACUCAGGACUCGGUCUGCCCUCCUCGAAAUGGGUCCACCCCGAAACGCCUGUUAACGCGGAGGCUUCCAUGAGAAGGAAUACUCCGAGCCCGUGGUUGCACCAGCCCACCCCUGUGACCUCAGCCGACAGCCUCGGUUUACUGAGUCACAUUCCUGUGAGACCAUCCAGCGCAGAUCCCCUCCGGCCUCUCAAGCUGACAACGCAUUCUAGUCCGCCCUUGUCCAAAAGCAUAGUAGAGCAUCACAAAGAAGAACUGGAGAGGAAAGCGUUCAUUGAACCUUUACGUUCCGUUACAACUGCACCCAUAAAGACCGAGCUAGAGCAAAGCAGAACGCAGACAGCAAAGGAGAGCCAUAUGCACAGACAUUUUGCAGAUCCAAUGUUGAACCAGCUGCCAAGGCCACCGCAGGAGACUGGGGAGCGACUGAGCAAAUACAAAGAAGAACACAGGCGAAUACUCCAAGAAAGUAUUGAAGUUGCUCCUUUUACAGCUAAAAUAAAGGCACUGGAGGGGGAGAGAGAGAACUAUUCCAGGGUAACAUCCUUGUCUUCGAGUCCCAAAAGCCAUUCGGUAAAAUAUGACAAAGAUGCAGAGCGUUCUGUAUCAGAACUGUAUAAAAUGAAGCAUUCGGUUCCACAGAGUUUGCCACAGAGCAACUAUUUCACCACCCUGUCUAACAGCGUAGUAAAUGAACCACCAAGAUCCUACCCAUCCAAGGAAGCUUCAAAUGUCUAUGUCGAUAAGCAGACUAACUGUCCUUCGACAGCAGCUAGUCCCCAGUCUCUCCCUUCUUACAUUUCUUCUCUUUCCAAACCUCCCCCUUUAAUAAAGCACCAACCAGAGAGUGAAGGCUCUGCAAGCAAGAUAGCUGAGCAGCUUUCACAGUCAGUGCAGUCUCACUCGGUGACUUCUUUUAGAAGUGACAGCAGGAGCCCUACUCAGCUGUCAGUCUCAUCUUCAAACACACUCCGGAGUAUGCCUGCCUUGCACAGAGCCCCAGUGUUUCACCCCCCAGUUCACCAGAACCUGGAGAAGAAGGAAAGCAGCUACAGCAGCCUGUCACCUCCGACUCUAACUCCUGUUCAACCUGUUAACACUGGUGGCGGCAAAAUACAGGAAUUACAAAAGCCACCCACUUUAGUACCUGAACCGAAGGAAGCUCAGACAGUUUACAAGGGCAUUUCUGAACAAAAUUUGUCAGAAAUAUGGAAGUCUAAUAAUGCCCCAAAUAAUGAAAAAGUGGAAUGGCACAUUGAAAGAAUGAGUGGAAAGUCACAGUCGGCUACAGCAUCUGUUAUUGUACGUCCUCCUUCUAGUACGAAAUACGAUAGCGUACCAGUAAUGCAGUCGGCUUCCAAAGACCGAGUUAGCGAGAGAUCUUCAGCUGUGACAAAUCAAACAGAUUGCCUGAAAACAGCGGAAGCCAGAGAGACUGGGAGAGUCAUUCUGCCAAAUAUGAACUCAGACAGUACUCGCACACAGUAUGAAAAGAAAUUUCCAGCUGUCUCGCAAGGCAGCCUUCCUAGCUCUGUCACCCCCACCGCAGCUAUGAACUGCAGUACCAAAACGGAUGUAACCACAUCAGCAGCUAUAACUACCAGCGUGUCGAGCUGGGGUAGUUCAGAAGUGACUUACUCCUUAUCGAGCACGGGCCUGGCCUGCACGCCGCUGGAGUGUGCUGCCUCGAGAGCCGUGAGUCAGGCCACGGCGCAGGCCCCCGAGUGCAAGGCCAGCACCGCGGCUCCGGUUACGCCAGGCGGUGGCAAGGCCGGGAGCGCCGCGCAGCCCGGCUCGGGAUUCUCCGCCUCGACCGAUUUUGUCCACUUGAAAAAGCACAAGGCGGCAUUGGCUGCAGCUCAGUUUAAAAGUAGUAACACCAGUGAGACCGAGUCCAACUCUGUGAAAAAUCAGACAUUUUCAACCUCUCUCUCCCUAGACAGCGCUAUCGUCUGUAACACAAUAAACAAAGCAAACUCUGUAGGCAGUGGGCAGACUUCCCAGACAAGUCAGCCAAACUACCACACUAAACUGAAAAAGGCUUGGCUAACAAGACAUUCGGAGGAAGAUAAAAACACUAAUAAAAAAGAAAAUUCAGGGAACAGUGUUUCAGAAAUUAUUAAGCCAUGUACUGUCAAUUUAAUAGCUUCUACAUCAAAUGAUUUGCAGAAUAACAUAGAUAGUAAAAUCCUGGCAGAUAAGUUUGUGAAAGAAGAUAAGCACCCUAGGAGAAAAGCAAAAAGAACUUAUGAGUCUGGCUCUGAGAGCGGAGACUCUGAUGAAAGCGAGAGCAAGUCAGAGCAAAGGACUAAACGGCAGCCCAAGCCAACUUACAAAAAGAAACAAAAUGAUUUGCAGAAAAAAAAGGGUGAUACAGAGGAAGAAGUAAAACCGAAUGGUGUUCUUAGCAGGAGUGCCAAAGAAAAAAGCAAGCUGAAGUUGCAGAGCAGCAGUAAUAGCACUGGUAUACCUCGCUCAGUAUUAAAAGAUUGGCGCAAAGUAAAGAAGCUGAAGCAAACAGGAGAGUCCUUUUUGCAGGAUGAUUCUUGCUCUGAAAUAGGACCGAAUUUGCAAAAAUGCAGAGAAUGUAGGUUAAUAAGAAGUAAGAAAGGUGAAGAACCAACUCACUCACCAGUAUUUUGUAGAUUUUAUUACUUUCGGCGGUUAUCUUUUAGUAAGAACGGAGUGGUUAGGAUAGAUGGUUUCUCCUCUCCUGAUCAAUAUGAUGAUGAAGCACUGAGCUUAUGGACGCAUGAAAACUAUGAAGAUGAUGAACUGGACCUAGAAACUUCUAAAUACAUUUUAGAUAUCAUAGGUGAUAAGUUCUGUCAGUUAGUAACGUCUGAGAAAACAGCCAUGUCCUGGGUGAAAAAAGAUGCCAAAAUUGCGUGGAAGAGAGCAGUGAGAGGAGUCCGUGAGAUGUGUGAUGCAUGCGAAGCCACAUUAUUUAACAUUCACUGGGUCUGCCAAAAAUGUGGAUUUGUGGUCUGCCUGGACUGUUACAAGGCAAAGGAAAGAAAAAGCUCUAGAGAUAAGGAGCUGUAUGCCUGGAUGAAGUGUGUGAAGGGACAGCCUCAUGAUCACAAACACUUGAUGCCAACCCAAAUUAUUCCCGGCUCUGUUUUGACAGAUCUUCUAGAUGCUAUGCACAAUAUUAGAGAAAAAUUUGAAAUUAAAUCCCAUUGUCAGUGUACCACCAAACAGAGCACACAAGCUGGCAAGCUCCCUGCAAUGAAUGGUGUGUCUCAGGUUUUACAGAAUGUCCUCAAUCACAGUAAUAAAAUUUCUCUGUGCAUGCCUGAGUCUCAACAGCAGAAUACCCCCCCAAAGUCUGAGACAAAUGGUAAUACAAGUCCAAGGAGUGAUGUAAGCACAGACAGCAAGUUAACACCACCUGAAUCACAGUCGCCACUGCAUUGGUUAGCUGAUCUUGCAGAGCAGAAAGCCAGAGAAGAAAAGAAAGAGAAUAAAGAAUGUCCUUCUGGAAAACAUUCAAAGGAAGAAAAAGAUCAGGAUAAUUCAGAGUCUCAAAACUGUAAAACCUCCCCUCCUGCAUCCCAGAACAACGAGCAGGGUUCAACCUUACGAGAUUUACUAACUACAACAGCAGGCAAACUGCGUCUAGGUUCUACAGAUGCGGGUAUUGCUUUUGCUCCAGUUUACUCUACAGGAACACCAAGUGGCAAAAGUGGAAGGACUAUGCCAAACAUUCUCGAUGACAUAAUUGCUUCAGUGGUAGAAAACAAGAUUCCACCAAAUAGAACACCAAAGAUAAAUGUAAAAUCUGAAAUAAAAGAUGAGCCAAAGGAUGAUAGAAAAUGUAUUCUAGAUGACUGCAGUAAAUUGUACAAUGAUAUUCAGUAUUCUUGGAUCUGUGAUAAACAUGUUUUGUGGCUCAGAGACCAUAAAAACAGCAACAACUGGAAGCUCUUCAAAGAGUGCUGGAAACAAGGGAGGCCUGUAUUAGUGUCCGGUAUGCAUAAGAAAAUGAACUUCAGCUUGUGGAAAGCAGAGUCAAUUAGUCUAGAUUUUGGAAACCAGCAAGCUGAUAUCUUGAAUUGCAAAGACAGCAUUAUUUCAAACACCAAUGUCAAGGAAUUCUGGGAUGGUUUUGAAGAUGUUUCAAAACGUCAGAAAAUAAAAAACGGGGAAACAGCUCUACUAAAAUUGAAAGAUUGGCCUUCUGGUGACGAUUUCAAGGCUAUGAUGCCAGCAAGAUAUGAAGACUUAUUAAAAAGUUUACCUUUGCCUGAAUAUUGUAGUCCAGAAGGAAAAUUAAACUUGGCUUCUCAUCUGCCAGGCUUUUUUGUCCGUCCAGAUUUGGGACCCAGGCUAUGCAGUGCAUAUGGUGUGGCUGCUACUAAAGAUCAUGAUGUAGGAACUACAAAUCUCCAUAUUGAAGUUUCUGAUGUAGUGAACAUCCUUGUUUAUGUCGGCAUAGCAAAAGGAAAUGGAGUACUUUCCAAAUCAGGAAUAUUGAAGAAGUUUGAAGAAGAAGAUUUGGAUGAUCUUUUAAGGAAGAGAUUGAAAGAUUCAAGUGAAUUACCUGGUGCUUUGUGGCACAUUUAUGCUGGCAAAGAUGCUGACAAGAUAAGGGAGUUUCUGCAAAAGAUAGCAAAAGAACAAGGCCUAGAAGUUUUACCAGAGCAUGAUCCAAUACGUGAUCAGAGUUGGUAUGUGAACAAAAAACUUCGCCAAAGACUUUUUGAAGAAUAUGGAGUAAAAACCUGUACCGUUAUUCAGUUUCUUGGUGAUGCUGUUAUUCUACCAGCAGGAGCACUUCAUCAGGUGCAAAAUUUUCACAGCUGUGUUCAAGUAACUGAAGACUUUGUGUCUCCCGAACACCUUGUACAGUCAUUUCACUUAACGCAGGAACUGAGGCUGUCAAAGGAAGAAAUCAAUUACGAUGAUAAACUGCAGGUUAAAAAUAUCUUGUAUCAUGCAGUUAAAGAAAUGGUGAGAGCUUUGAAGAUUCAUGAAGGUGAAAUGGAAGAUAUGGAAGAAAAUUAAGUGCUCUCUGCUUUUUUGUGUUAACAUCAAAUGGAGGUUAUUUUUUCUAAUAUAUGAACAGUAUGCACACUAAUUUAAGCUUCACAAACCAUCAGUGCCAAGAAAAUAGUCGUCAUAUUUACUUGUUAAUGACACUGCAACGGUAGAGCUUCAUAUCACAGCCACUGUGAUUACAUGUUAGACUUACAAACAAUUAAGCAGCAUUCUGCUGUCCUGUAUUAUAAUGUAUAUGAAGUUUGUGAAAUGUCAAAGAUUUAAGAUGAUGUAUUUAUUUUUGGAAGAAAAACACAAAAUUCUAUGCUAUAUUGUUGAUCAAAUGUAAAUGUGACUUGUACAGUUUGCUAAAAUAAUUCAGAUAUUUUUCACUACAUUGAGACAGUUACUGUGAGAGUAGGACACAAACACCAGCUAUUGCCUGCAUUUGGGAUCUUGCUGAGUCCGCACAGCAGUCAUGUCAUAAUCUGAAAAUUACUGCCAAAUAAUUGUAAACUUUGUAAAAUAUAAAGUAUAUAAAGUAGAUAUUAAAUACAGACACUUCAGUAUUUUAUUGAAGCUAUUCAGUGUACAAUUAAACGUUUUCAAAAGGUGUAAUUUAUUUAAAAAUUGUCUCAUUUUGGUAAAAUUUAUGUGAACUUUUAAAGCUAAAUAUUAAACUUAAUAUGCUAUGUAAAUAUAUACAUAUAUACAUUCAAUGAUGUAUUUUUUUAAAACAUUGGCUUGCUUUAAUUUGUUAAAAGUGCAAGUGUUACACAUGCUUUGUACAUUGAAGUUGAAAGGGGUUUUACAUUUUCCAUUAAAAUGACUUUAUCAAAUGUUGUCUCACUGUGUUUGUUUUUUAUGUUUGUGGCACAUUUGUGAUAGCCUCAGUUGUUCAUUCACAGUAAUUGCAAAUGCAUUUCUGCUUCAGUGUCGCUUAUUGUAAUGCUUGAAAUGUUCUGCCUUGGUUAAUGUGCACCAUUCUGCCCUCUCUGGGUUUAAUACAAAACUGCUAAGGGAAGUGCUGGAGCACAGUUCAAAUGGCUGAGCCAGAAAGAGCCUCUCGUUAAGAAUAAAACAAUUUAAACGUU